AUGAGCUCGAUGGCUGAGGGCAGUGAGGGUUGGCCACGAGAGGAUGAGCUUGAUCUGGGCCAGGAUGAGCAAGACUCCCGAUCCCCGGACUAUGACGCCGCCCUCGACCAUGGCCACCCUGAGCCUUCCCCGCAGGAGCCAGUCGAAGUGGAGGCGGAAUUGGACACGCUAGACAAUGCGCAGGACCACGAAUCUGAGAAGACGCUGGAAGCAGAGGGCCCUCAAAUACCGCACACCCCACCGCCCCGGCGUGCGCAGGUGAAUGCGACACCGGGGAGUGUUGAUGAGACGGCCUCGACCCCCGAUGAUACCCCAUCCUUACAUGACUCUAUACCAUCUUCUCAGAGCAGCGGUGUUUUAGCUUUUCGAGGCUCGCCUCGAGUCAGCCCCAGCCCCAGUCCAGCCCAUCGUCCAUUCGACCUUCGCUUCCAGUCCCGGCUAUCUUCGUCGCCGUUGAGCGCACCGAGGUCGGGCUCCCCGUUUCUGGCGUACCUACACUCCCGACAGUCGUCAAUUACAAGUCAAGUUUCACCGACCCCGGAAUCAGAUAACGAAGUGCCGCCGAGUCCCUGGGAUGUUGUACGAUGGACGAAGCUGCGGAAGAUCACUGGGCAGGCUUUCUCGGAGAUCGGAAAGCGCAAUUUUGGGAGGCCAACCUGCCUGGCAGUUUCAACUACAAUUGUGAUUGGUACUUCUAAAGGAAUCAUCUUGGUGUUCGACUAUCAGCAGAGCUUGAAGACAAUUAUUGGAACAGGCACAAAAGCUGUUGAAUGCGGACCGAUUACCUCGCUGGCACUAUCUGCAGAUCAUUCGACUGUCGCUGGAGGCCAUGAGUCUGGCGACAUUUUCACUUGGGAAAUCUCCCGGUCGGCGCGGCCUUUUCUCCAUCUACCUCCAAUCCCUGUGCACCAAGUUGAGACUAGGAUAUCAGAUGGCCAUAUUUCCGGCUCUGCAGUCAUCCAUGUGGGAUUUCUGGGAACAAGGCGCACGGCAGUCAUUUCAGCGGAUACACGGGGCAUGGCUUUCUCUCAUUUGGCAACACGAGGCACGGGGGCACUUGGACGAACGGUCAAGACAACUCGAAUCUUAGGUCGUUAUCCGCAGACUGCACCGGAGGAGAUGCGGAAGCGAAAACCCAGCUCGGUCUUAGCUUUCUCUCCGCUUCCUCUAGGCAACGUGGAGCAACCGUCUGAUUCUUUAGGCCUCGUUGCCAUGUUGACUCCUUAUCUUUUAGUCAUCGUGUCGACUACCCCCGUCGCUCAGACUCAACACAAAUCGCCGCGUCCAAAAGAGGUUCCGGCCCAUAGUGCUAUGACUGGCGCUCUAGCUUGGUUCCCUGCAAUUCGGUUGAAGGGCAAAGAUACCGAAACGUCACACACAAAGCUUGUUUAUUGUUGGUCAAACGUCCUGACCGUGCUGGAGGUGACCGAAGCCGAGACAGAUGAGCUCGUGGACAGGGAUCGACCCCCAAGCCUUGUUUUUCGAGCACGCAGCAGAUGGAAGGCCGAUGAGGCUAUUGUGGCUGUCCAAUGGCUCAGCCGUUCCGUGCUAGCAGUGUUCACAAUCACCCAGCGCCUCCUCAUCCUUGAGGACUAUUCCAUGCAUGUAACAGACUCCAUCGACCUUGCAAACCGACAUAUCUACCAUACCGAUCUCUUUUCAUCACAACUCCACAACCUAGUCGAACAACUCGACGAGGAAGACACAUCCAUGCAUGGGGUGGUGGCUGACGCUUUCUAUAUGAGUUUCCGUUCCUAUAAAGGGCGUCUGUUCCUCCUUGGCUAUAAUGAGGUGCAGGUUGGCAGUCUUUCAAAUUGGGCUGAUCGACUCCUGGCACUUAUGGAGGCAGGUGAUUUCAUUGGUGCCAUCCGCCUGGCGACUUCAUACUACACAGGAAGUGCGGAGAGACUCACGGUUGGGCUUCCCGAGGAGGAUACGUUGAGGCAACCGAUCGUCCAAGAAAAGCUCCUAGAGAUGAUUUCGGCAUCUUUGAAGUAUGCUUUUGGUCGCAAUGCUGAAGCAAGCAAUGAACAGCUGGAGAACCAACAGCUCAAGGAGCUUGCUGAGGUAUCCGUCGCUGCUUGCCUCUACAUGGCGGACGAGGAACUGCUUUGGGAGGAGGUGUUUACCUGGUAUGAGGAGCACAACUCUGCAGGGGUUUUCUUAGACGUCCUAGAACCGCGCAUCGUUGACGGAACUAUUCGCUCGUUGCCUCCAACUGCAGUCAAAGCUCUUAUUGAUCAUUUCAUUUUCACUCAUUCGGCUGGUCGACUGGAGGAGAUCAUUUGUCUUCUCGAUACCACGACGAUGGACAUCGACCAGGUGACCACACUAUGCAAACAGCACAACCUAUACGAUGCAUAUAUUUAUGUCUGGAAUCGCUGUUUGAUGGACUACGUGGGACCCCUGGAGGAACUCUUACGUAUGAUCCCCUCCCAGACGGAGGAGUCCCUGGUCAACGGAGACUACACCAUUGAAACGAAGCGCCACACGAACGCGAUGAAGAUGUUUCCCUAUCUGUCCUUCGUCUUUACGGGCCGUAUCUAUCCAACCGGUGACGACAUGGAGGAAGCCGAAGCACUGCGAGCUAAAACCGCCCUGUACAAAUACCUCUUUUCAGGUCACCUGUCUGGGACAGGUUCCGCGAAUGCCUCUACAGAGGCUGAUUCGUUCGCUGAAUUGCGGGCCAUGCUCAAAUUCGACGCGUCGAGCUUCAUGAGCAUGCUCAACGAGGCGUUUGAGGAUAGUUUCUUGAACGAUCCCGAGUCUGAAGAGGCCCCCGCUCCUGGCGUGUCCAUUAACCGCCAGUACCUGAUCAGUAUUCUACUUCAAGUCAUGGAUGCAUCCUUUUUCGCCCCUUCCGAUACUAUUUACUUGGACAUGUUUGUUGCGCGCAAUCUUCCCAAAUACCCCCAGUAUAUUCUUCUUUCGGGCACGACUCUGCAUCAGGUGCUUACCCGGCUGUGCCAGUAUCCGGAGGAGGAUAUGGCUGAUGACUGUGAGUUGAGUGCGGAGUAUUUGCUGUCUUUCUAUCAUCCACCGGACAUCCAGAGCAUGGUGCCGUUGUUCAAGGAGGCUCGAUUCUUCCGGAUUCUGAAGUCGACGUAUCGCUCUGAGAAACAGUAUCCCCAGUGGAUUAUGACGUACCUUGAUGAUCCGCAUGACAAGGAGGCUAUUUAUACUGCUCUGUAUGAUUGUCUCCGCUCAGGAUCAGGGCUUGGCAAAAAGCAGAGGAGAGAUGUGGUCGAGGUGGCCAAGAAGCAUGCCAAAGAGAUUGCCGAUAUCAAUGUCAAGCGAACUGCGCAGACAAUGCAGGAUCUGGCUCCUGAGACCCACUCUACCUUCCUACCCGUGUUGGAAGAUGAUCCAUUCAACCAAUAUCAGUACCUCCAGGUUUUGGUGGAACCUCAUAGCCAAGCCGGCGAAAACCAAUCCGCUCCAUCUGUUGAGAACUGGAUGAUUGAACGCUACGUGCAGCUUCUAUGCAAAUACAAUCCGUCUCAUGUUGCAGACUUUGUUGAUGGCCUCCGAGUUGGGGAAAUCCACCUCGAGGAACUACUCCCUUCUAUCGAAGAGAGUGGUGCCAUUGAUGCUGCGGUUAUCCUGCUCACUCGACAAGGCCAAGUGCGGGCGGCCCUGGACCGUCUUGUAGCACACCUGAGUACACUUGAAUCGGGCUUGGUAGGCAUUCUGCAGAGUGUGGGCGAAGCCCCAGAUACUGCUAGCACAGCUGAAGCGAUUGAUGACCUUCUUGAGUCUCUGAGCAAGUACGCUGGGGUCGGAACCUGGCUCUGUCAAAGUCAGACCCAGACAGCCAAGCAAUCCCGGGCGAGCACAAAUGGCCAGAAGGCCGUCCCACCACUUGAACAACCCCUGGCAUUGGACGAGACACUGUGGUUGGAUCUUAUCGAAGCAGUGGUUCGCAUUGCAAGCGACGUGUUUGCCCUCCUACGAGACCAACAGGUCAAAGAUCUCGAACCAGCCCAGCCCACCGUAUCCUUGAGUGAAGAUACUGGCCGUUUGACGAUCUCUUUCCGCACCCUGGUCCAACAAGUAUUCACCUCGCUGCUCGCUAGCACCGUGAAAGGCGGCCGCCCUUCCAGUAGCGAACGCACCGACCUCUCUUUCCUCCGCAUCCUGCGUGCCUUCCUCACCCGCGCCGCCAGCUGGUCCCCGUCCCUCCUUGAGCUGCGUGCCGUGCUCGCCUCCGUCUUCUCCGCCUACUCCUACGAAAAGUCGCUUCUGACGCUGGCCAACGGCAUGCUGGACCGCGACCUGUUCGUGCACGUCGACGAGGUCACCCGGCUGCGGCAGCACGGGUGGCGUCCCCGCGGGCAGGUCUGUGAGGUCUGUCGGCGGCGCAUCUGGGGGCCUAACGUGGGCUUCUCGCACUGGACCUUCUGGGAGCAGAAGCAGGCCGGCAUCCACCAGCGUCGCAUGGUCAAGCGUCUUGAAGAAAGUUAUGAUCCUGUGACCGAGCGGGGAAAGGGUAAAGCGGCAGCCGUGCCGCCUGUCCAUGCCGGGUCCCACCCGGUCGACCACGCCCAUGGUUCCCCGGCUGGCGAUGGGCUUCCAGGGACUGGGCCAGGGACCGGGGUGGUGGAAGAGCAUCCCCCUGAACCUGUGGUGGUUUUCUCCUGUAGACAUCUCUACCAUCGGCAGUGCGUUCUUGAUGCGAUUAGCGGGAUCCAUCGGCCCACGGGUGCACAUGGCCCUGCUUUCCGACGCGAGCAUCCAGACUGGCCGGUGGAUGAACUGUUCUGUCCAGCUUGUACAUAG